GGAGGAAGCUUUGAGCAAGUUUCCCUGAUUCACCCCCGAAUGAAUAUUCAUGACAUAUUCCAUGCACACACCUGGUGCACACGACAGGCUAUUUCUGAUACUGUAGAGAAUUAGAAAUACUCAUUUUAUCCUUCUAGAAUAGGAGAAGAGGUUAAGAGAAGGUGGACAUAGGAAGUUUAAAGGUACUCCAGAUGGUUAAUGAGCCACAAAAUAUGAAUCCUUUCCAAAAAAGUAAGUUAGGAGUGUCAAUAGUUUAAUUGUUUAUAAGUUCUCAUUAGUAAGUUUCCAUCCUUUGGUUGGAGAGGUAGGAGGUUAUAAUCAGCCUUGAUUUUUAUUCUGAGAAGUGACUGGUUCUGAGAUGUGGAUGUGGGUUACUUGUGUCUGCUGUGUUUCUCUUGCAUGAGGUGGUUUCCACAUUACUGAAUUGGCCUGUGUGUGUUGCUUAUGUAACUCUUCUGAAAGUACCUUCUAUUUUAGGAGAGCCAAUUUUCAGUCAUACUUUUUAAAGGAAAAUUUUGCAGGGUAAAUGAGUCCGCCUCGGUCUGAGUUCCUUAUUCUUGGAUACUUUGGACUUCGGAAAGAUACUAAGAUAUGGACGUUCUUACUGCUCUUCUACUUCUAGUCCACCUGACCCCGGGCUCGGCAGCUAAAGACGGUGUGAACAGCAAGAGUCGAAAGAGAAUCAUGCCCGGCCCGGUGACGGAGCCCCCUGUGACGGACCCUGUUUAUGAAGCUCUUUUGUACUGCAAUAUCCCCAGUGUGGCUGAGCGCAGCAUGGAAGGUCACGCCCCGCACCAUUUUAAGCUGGUCUCAGUGCAUGUGUUCAUUCGACACGGGGACAGGUACCCACUGUAUGUCAUUCCCAAAACGAAGCGACCAGAAAUUGACUGCACUCUGGUGGCUAACAGGAAACCAUAUCACCCUAAACUGGAAGCUUUCGUUAGUCACAUGUCAAAAGGACCUGGAGCCUCUUUUGAAAGCCCUUUACACUCUCUGCCUCUUUACCCCAAUCACCCACUGUGCGAGAUGGGAGAGCUCACACAGACAGGAGUCGUGCAGCAUCUGCAGAACGGCCAGCUGCUGAGGGACAUCUAUCUAAAGAAACACAAACUCCUGCCGAAUGACUGGUCCGCAGACCAGCUUUACUUGGAGACCACUGGGAAAAGCCGGACGCUGCAAAGUGGGCUGUCCUUGCUUUACGGCUUUCUCCCCGAUUUUGACUGGAAGAAGAUUUAUUUCAGGCACCAGCCAAGUGCUCUGUUCUGCUCUGGAAACUGCUUUUGUCCAGUGAGAAACCAGUACCUGGAAAAAGAGCAGCGUCGGCAAUACCUCUUGCGUUUGAAAAACAGCCAGCUGGAGAGGACCUACGGGGAGAUGGCCAAGAUCGUGGACGUGCCCACCAAGCAGCUCCGAGCUGCCAACCCCAUCGACUCCAUGCUCUGCCACUUCUGCCACAACGUCAGCUUCCCUUGCACCAGGAAUGGCUGCAUUGACAUGGAGCACUUCAAGGUGAUCAAAACACAUCAGAUAGAGGAUGAGAGAGAGAGGCGGGAGAAGAAACUCUAUCAGGGGUAUGCGCUCCUAGGCGCUCACCCCCUCCUGAACCAAACCAUCGACCGGAUGCAGCGUGCUGCAGAGGGCAGGAAAGAAGAGGUCUUUGCCCUCUACUCAGCUCACGAUGUCACUUUGUCACCAGUUCUCAGUGCCUUGGGCCUUACAGAAGCCAGAUUCCCAAGGUUUGCAGCCCGGUUGAUCUUUGAGCUCUGGCAAGACAGAGAAAAGCCCAGUGAGCAUUCCGUCCGGAUUCUUUACAACGGUGCCGAUGUCACAUUCCACACCUCAUUCUGCCAGGACCACCACAGGCAUUCUCCCAAGCCCAUGUGUCCCCUUGAAAACUUAGUCCGCUUCAUCAAAAGGGACAUGUUUGUGGCCCUGGGUAGUAGUAGUACUAAUUAUUACGAGGCAUGUCACAAGGAAGGAUUCUAAAAGGUACAUGGUGUAGUACUUAAAAAAAUCGAUGCCAAUACAGAGGGAUGGGAAGACCCACUUCUAGUUCUCUCCAUUGCUAAGGGUACAAGAUUAUUGAUUUUUAAAGGCUAGAAAUUGUGUUUGGAGCCAUAUAGAUGGUUUGGGUUGAGUAAGUAUGUUGCUGUAGUUGGGUACAUGAGUUACUUAGUACAUGAUGGCCUGUGCACAGACAAGAAGGUACUUUAUCAUAGCCAGGCUUUGCUUACAAUGCCAGAGUAUUUCUAUACCCAAAGUUGCCAAUUGAGAUGUAUAUUCUUUUGAUUCUCCAUGGUACUGUAUGAUGGAACCAGCAAACCUCAGCCAAAAUUUUCUUAAUCUGGGAGUUUUACCUUGUCCUUAUUUAGUGAAAAAUUUCCCAAAGUGAUUUAUCAAAAAGAGGGGUUAGUAAACUUUUUCGGUAAAGGGCCAGAUAGUAAAUAUUUUAGACUUUGUGGGCCAAAAGGCUACAUACAUUUUCUGUCACAAUCUUAGACUCUGUUCUUGUAACUUGAAAGCAACCACAGACACUACAUUAAUGAAUGAGUGUUGCUGUGUUCACAGCUGUACAAAACAGGUGGUAGGCCAGUUUGGCCCGUGGGCUAUAGUUUGCCGACCCCGGAUCUAAAAAAACAGGCUCUCUUACAAUUGCACUUUCAGCACUUUGAAAACCAGUUGGAUGCUAAGAAUUAUUCACUGGUGCCUCCAGUAACUUCUAGAAACACAGAAUUUAGUCUAGAUCUGACAUAACAAAACUUGAGGGGAAAUAAACAUUGAAUCAGAAUGAAUCAUAGAAAACUUAGUAUAAUACUUGAUGUCCAUGACGAUUGUGGUAUAAAAUGCUGUAGUCUAUUUGCUGUAUAGGUUGAUUUUUGUAUUCCAUUUAGUAUUUUUAUAGUCUAGGAAAAUAUUUUCUAGAACCAGUUUUAGAUGGGCUCUUAUUCCUAUGUAAUACUCAAUUUACUGUACCUGCUUGGUGGUUCAAAGGGAGCCAGAAGCUGAAUGCAGGCACUUUCUUCUGAUAAAACUAAUUAUGACCCGUUCCCUUUGACAAGCCGCAGAAUUGGAUCAAUUUUUAAAUCACUUUCAUCAGUUUCAAGUGGCAAAUAGUGAUUGGUUUUUAAAUAAGUUUUUGGAAUAACUUUGUUACUAGAUAGUUAAAUAAUCUUUAUAAGGUAUUUUAUAUAUUAGAAGCAAUUCUAAUUAAAUCUGUGAUUUUGAAUUAAAAUGGUGCUAGUUCUGUGCAGAGAAAUGUGAAGUACAGCAUCAUUGGCAUUCCAAACUUUUUGUUUCUCGUGCAUGUUACAUUUGAAUACGUCUGUUUCUAUUAAUAAAUUUUUGAAGAAUAUCCAUACUACAACUAA